AUGAUCGUCCUCCAACCUGCAUUUACUUUUCAGACCUCCUUACAGAACUCCUGCCAGGAAAUGGAGGCGACCUUCACCUUCUUAUCUCAUCUCACUGGUCAAAUAAAUAUUUUCAAGAUACCAAGUGGAAUGAAGAAAGGCAGUCCUUCACCCCUUGGUGGCCACUCGUACUUAGAGGAGACUGUGCGGGACGGUGCCAUCCUUCCAACAGAUGAGAAGUUUUCCUGUACUGAGUGCGGGAAGUCUUUCCAUUUUAAAUCUCAUCUUAAUGUGCAUAAAAGAUCUCACACAGGUUCGAAUGUGUGCGGAAAAUGUUUCGUAAAAAAAUCAGAACUUGUCACACAUCAGAGAUCGCAUAUGGGUGAGAAGCCAUUUUCCUGUCCUGAGUGUGGGAAAUGUUUUACACAUAAGUCCAGUCUUAACAGACAUUGGAGAUCGCACACAGGGGAGAAGCUACAUUUCUGUGCUGAGUGCGGGAAAUGCUUUCUACAAAAAACAGAACUUAUUAUACAUCAGAGAUUUCACACGGGUGAGAAGCCAUUUUCUUGUACUGAGUGUGGGAAAUGUUUUACACAAAAGUCCCAUCUUUCUUCACAUCAGAGAUCUCACAUGAGGGAGAAGCCGUAUUCCUGUCCUGAGUGCGGGAAAUGUUUUACACAGAAGUCCCAUCUUUCUUCACAUCAGAGAACUCACACGAGGGAGAAGCCGUAUUCCUGUCCUGAGUGCGGGAAAUGUUUUUCACUGAAGUCCAGUCUUAAUGAACAUCAGAGAUCCCACACGGGGGAAAAGCCGUAUUUCUGUUCUGAGUGCGGGAAAUGCUUUCCACGAAAAACAGAACUUGUCAGACAUCAGAGAUCUCACACGGGUGAGAAGCCAUAUUCUUGUCCUGUGUGCGGGAAAUGUUUUACACAGAAGUCCCAUCUUUUCACACAUCAGAGAUCUCACACGGGGGAGAAGCCGUAUUCCUGUGCUGAGUGCGGGAAAUGUUUUUCAGAGCAGUCCGGUUUUAGGUCACAUCUGAGAUCUCACACGGGGGAGAAGCCGUAUUCCUGUCCUGAGUGCCGGAAAUGUUUUUCACAGAAGUCCGCUGUUUCCAGACAUCUGAGAUUGCACACGGGUGAGAGGCCGUAUUCCUGUCCUGAGUGCCGGAAAUGUUUUUCAGAGAAAUCCGAUCUUUCCAGACAUCAGAGAUCUCAC